CGGGUGCUAGCGCUGCCUACCUAGGACUGCAUUUGUUGGGCGCUCUUCUCUCUUGCUGCCUCUGAGCUCUCCCUCGUACACUUGUGCUCAGCACCCUAUAUGAUGUAGCUGUGCUGAGAAGAUCUGCACGCAGCUGAAAUCAGCAGCUGCAGCUUGAAAAAGGAGGAUGCAAAACCUGCUUCUCAGGUUUUCUCAGACAAACUUACUCAACAUGCAAUUUGCUUCUCAUCCUGAAGGAUGCACAAUUGGAAAGCCGCAAUUGCACCUUGCGCUUGGCAAAAAGUUUUACCAGUUUGAACUCGAGGGAGGCGGAGAUUGUAAGUCUGUGAACAGGAGUUGCCGCGUUGAGCUCAAUACUUUUCCUUAGCUGGGUCAGCUAGACCACUGGGGCAGAAGGCUCAACUUUCAUGGGGCGAGGAGCCCUUCGCCCUUGAAGCGUAGAGCAACCAGGGGGUUGCAUCAGGUUAUGUGACCCGCAGUUGAGCUUGCUGAUCGCUGAGUGUUGUGAAACUUGAAGUUGAAAGAUCGACGGCUACAAUUGCAAUCAGGCUACAGUAUUUAAGUCUCACAGCUAGGAAGCCAUGUUGGAUCCUAUCCUGGCAGUGGAUGGAAGGACAGGGACUUGACCCAGGGGCCUUCGAAGGGCGAGACUUUGAAGCCUUGAUCAUUCAAGGUGGUGAAGCAACUGGAUUGAAAAUGAAACCUCGAGUGGUCGACGCGCAGAGGCUCAAAGCAGCCAUCUUUCCCAUCCUGUCUUUUCUGGUCGGAGUAGCGUUUACCCUUUUUUGGACAAAUGAAGCUAGCAAACAGAUUAUCAGUGUGAACACGGGCGUAAGCUCUCCGGCAGAGGUGGAUUCCAUACAGAGGAUCCAUGAGGUGCGGUCAGGGAUAGGCAGUGGAUCGGUACAGGCUGCAGCGGCCUGGGGCAGGCCUAGACCUGUGGAUGGGCCGCCAGGGCUGGAAGAGAGGAAUGUUUCAUGGGACGGGCCCUGGGUGGGGACUGAGUCACUGAUGGCUCCAACCAAAACAGGCCUACAGCACGUUCUCUUUGGCAUUGGGUCCUCGUCCCAGAACUACCAGACCAGGAAGGAGCUCAUCAAGCUGUGGUGGGGCCCCAGCAAGACACGGGGCUAUGUCUGGUUGGAUUCUCCUGUUGACGGUUAUGAUUGGCAGACGGAGGGGCUUCCUGAACCCCAGAUCUCGGGGGACACGUCAUCGCUCCCCUACAGCGGUGGGGGCCCUCGCUCGUGCCUCCGAAUAGCCAGGAUUGUGGUGGAGGCAUACAGGUUGAAGCUGCCAGACGUGCGAUGGUUUGUGAUGGGCGACGAUGACACCAUCUUCAACCCGGAGGUGUUGGCAGAGGUGCUAGCCGGGUACGACCACACGGAGAUGCUGUACCUGGGCGGCAACAGCGAGACGCACGGCCAGAUGGUCAUCAACGGCUUCGAGAUGGCCUACGGCGGCGGCGGCAUCGCCAUCAGCUGGCCGCUCGCGCACGCGCUGUCCCACACCAUGGACUCGUGCAUCGAGCGCUACCCGGAGCUCUGGGGCAGCGACGCGCGCGUGCACAUGUGCACGGCGGAGCUCGGCGUGCAGGUGACACGUGUCAGGGGGUUCCACCAGUGCGACCUCAAGGGGAACGUCGCGGGGUUCCUGCAAGCGCACCCGCUCGCGCCGUUCGUCUCGAUGCACCACGUGUUGCACUGGGACCCCGUCUUCCCCAACAUGACCCACAUGGACGCCCUCCAGCGGCUGACACGUGGCAUGCACGCGGACCCCGUCAACUUCCUCCAGACGGCGUUUUGCGUGGACCAGCGGAAGCUCUUCUCGGUUGUGGUCUCGUGGGGCUACUCCGUGAAGCUGUCGAUCGGGGCGUGGCGUGUUGGGGAACUAGAGCGGAUCGAAACGACGUUCAUGUCGUAUCAUUGGCGAAAUUGGGCGGAGCAGUUUACGUUCGACACGCGCCCGGAGGUGCCGGUCGAAGGGGGCCAGUGCGGCACUCCGGUAGAUCUGUGGAUCGACGACAUUCGGCCCGUGGCAGGAAACAAGAUAGAGAGUACGUACUCUAGAAAGGUGCCUGUAAACCAGACGUCCUGCUCGCCCCACAUCACUCGCAUCUCCCAGGUGAAAGUGGUACGGGAGGCGCUGCCGUAUUCGACGAGCCGGGAUGGGUUGUCAAAAGGGCCGAACCUUCGGAGACAGUGUUGCCAGUCGCUCAAGUUCGAUGCGAGCGGUUCGACGCUCUCGAUCAACCUGGGGAGUUGCAACAGUGUGUUCUAGAGCAAGGUCGCAAGGCAGGGGCUUCCUGAAACAGUCAUGCAGGUAGAUGUAGUAUUUAUAAGAAUACCGACACUUAUUAGAGCAUGCAGGGAUAAACGACGUGGUGCAACAGUUGGCAGCACUAAUGCCUCCACCACUUGGAAAAGUUUGUGGUAGAUGAGGACUAUGUAAGCUUGCGAUCCAGGUUGUAAUUACCUGUUUAUAAUUCAUAUGAGCAGCUAGCUGAGGACUCGUGUAAAUUCCAACCGCAGGGUGUACUGAACAGUAUGUCCCCGAUAUUGCAGCAAGCCAAUUACCGCAAUCGAGAAUUCGAACCUGGCCCGGGCAUGCUUGCCAUAAUUUGAGGAA